UACCAAAAACAGUCUAAAACGAAGAAAGUUCCCAUUUCAGGGCCCACUUGCAACUGGCCCAUGUUUUGAUCCCGGAAACUCAUUAGCCGUGUCUUCUAGGCUAGUGUCCUUUCUGUCCAGGAUGAUGGCGCUGUAUCCGGCCCACUUCGGCCCGGUUCUGCUGGCCUUGAGCCUGCUGCUCUCCACGCCUCCUCCUCUAACAGCCUGGGACGCGGACCUGGAGCUGUUCGACCUGGUCGAGGAGAUCCCGCAGACGUUCUACCAGUUCAUGAACCUGGACCAGGAUGCAGCGCCGGCAGAGAUCAAGAAGGCUUACCGCCGGCUGUCCCUCUCUCUGCAUCCGGACAAGAACAAAGAUGAGAAUGCAGAGACUCAGUUCCGACAGCUUGUGGCCAUUUAUGAAGUCUUGAAGGACGAGGAGAGGCGGCGCAGGUACGACGACAUCCUGGUGAACGGGCUUCCCGACUGGCGGCAGCCAGUCUUUUACUACAGACGGGUCAGAAAGAUGAGCAACGCAGAGCUGGGCUUCCUCCUUUUCCUCAUUCUCACUGUGGGGCACUAUGCUGUCAUCUGGUCCAUUUACCUGGAGAAACAACUGGAUGAGCUCCUGAGCAAGAAGAAAAAAGACAAGAAGAAGAAGAUGAACUCAAGACCUGUAGAUGACCUCAGAUGUAUUGGUCAGGAUCAGACUGAAAGAAAUCAAGAAAGACCUCAUUGGCAGGACAUCCUUCCACUGAAGCUCAGCAUCUGGCUUUACCUGUCAAUCAAAAACCUGCCCCAAACUCUCCAGGAGGUAAAGCAGUACUAUGAGGAGUACCAGCAGAUGAAGCGGCAGCAAGAGGAGGAAGCUGCCUCAGAGCAGGAAGUUGCCCCCCGAGAAAAGAGGACAAAGGUCAGGAAGCCCAAAGUAGAGUUUCCCGUUUAUGAGAUUCCAGCAGACAGCCAGAACUACCAGAUGUACGACCAGGCCACAUCCAUCGAGGAAAUUGAAGACCAGAUGGAUGACUGGCUGCAAGAUGGCAAGGCCUCCAAAAAGAAGGCCUCGGCAUGGACAGAGGAGGAGAUGAGUCUGCUCAGCAGGUUGAUGGGGAAAUUCCCAGGUGGUUCCCCGGGGCGAUGGGAGAAGAUUGCUCAUGAGCUGGGCCGAUCCGUAACCGAUGUGACGGCCAAAGUCAAGCAGGUGAAGGACAACGUGAACCACACCCCAGGUCUGGUAAAGUUUUCAGACCUAAAGGGACAUCAUGGGAAACCACUUCCUGCCCAUGACUCGGUGCCAGGAGUCGGGGUAGAGCAGGAGCAGGAGGAGACUCAAAAGGAUGCAGCUCUGCCCGUUCGACGGCGGAACAAAGAAGGUGCAGAAGCGAAGGUCCGGAGUCGCCGGCAGAGAGAUUUUGACCCAAAUGCAGUAGAAAGGGAGGAGGCGGAGCCUCAAGACAACGUAGAGAAGAGUCAUGCUUCCACCUGGACUCAGAACCAGCAGAAACUUUUGGAACUGGCUCUGCAGCAGUUCCCACGAGGAACUGCAGAACGCUGGGACCGGAUUGCCAAGGUGGUCCCAGGAAAGACCAAGGAGGAGUGUGUGUCUCGUUACAAGGUGCUGGCUGAGCUUAUCCAAAAGAAAAAGCAGAUGAACAGCUGAUUGAAGCUCUGCCUCUGACCACACCUUUGAUUUGGCAGGUAAAGAGCUGACCUGCCAACUUCCAAUUGGAGGUUUUUGUCUUCAGGUGUUCGGGACUGGCGAACUGACCGGAUUAUGACAUCACAGCUCUGUGUGCCUUAGCUUUUCAGCAUGCAGCCUAUCAGAGUGAUCACUGAUCAAUCAGCCAUAUUUAUUUUGUUUUCAAUUGUAUUGUUGAUCACAAUAAAUAAAAUAAUAAAAAAGAUGGGA